AGCGGGGAGGGGGUGGCUGCUUAGGAGGUGCACUGGGUGGACUCCGGGUCUGGAAAGCGCCGCGCAGUGGGGCCGGCCCCGCGCAGCUGCUUUCCCCGGAGAUGGCUGAGCUCUGCGGCCCCGAGAUCCACAGCCGACGACGGCGGGCCAGCAGAGCAGCCACACGGAAGCCCGCGCGCUCAGUAACUCCUGCCCUCACUCUCAUUAACAUCUUCUCCGUCUCGUCAGUGUGCAGGGCUGCACGCGGCGGCGAGGUUCGGGGCCGGGGCCGCACACCUUCGGGCCCGGGCGGCGGCGCGCCUGCGCACAGGCCGGGUCACGCGUGCGGCGGGGGCGGGCCGGCGCCGGAGGGGCUGUCAUUCGCCGCGCGCGGCGCCGCCCUUCGCUGCGCCCCGCGGUUCCGGCUCCUCCUCCCCGCCGCUCGGCCCCACCAUGGUGCUGGAGUCGGUGGUCGCGGACCUGCUGAACCGCUUCCUGGGGGACUAUGUGGAGAACCUGGACAAGUCCCAGCUGAAGCUGGGCAUCUGGGGCGGUAAUGUGGCUUUAGAUAAUCUAAAGAUAAAAGAAAAUGCUCUGAGUGAAUUGGAUGUUCCUUUUAAAGUCAAGGCUGGCCAAAUUGAUAAAUUAACUUUGAAGAUUCCUUGGAAGAAUCUUUAUGGAGAAGCAGUUGUUGCAACUCUGGAAGGAUUAUACCUGCUUGUUGUUCCUGGAGCAAGUAUUAAAUAUGAUGCUGAAAAAGAAGAAAAGUCUUUGCAAGAUAUUAAACAGAAAGAGCUAUCCCGAAUUGAAGAAGCCCUUCAAAAGGCAGCAGAGAAAGAUAAACCAAAAGAAGCCAAAAAGGAUACAUUUUUGGAAAAAUUGGCAACUCAAGUAAUUAAAAAUGUACAAGUAAAAAUCACAGACAUUCAUAUUAAAUAUGAAGAUGAUGUUACUGAUCCAAAGCGGCCCCUUUCAUUUGGUGUCACACUGGGAGAACUUAGUUUGUUGACUGCAAAUGAACACUGGACUCCAUGUGUGUUAAAUGAAGCAGAUAAAAUUAUAUACAAGCUUAUCCGACUUGAUAGCCUCAGUGCCUACUGGAACGUAAACUGCAGCAUGUCUUACCAGGGAUCAAGGGAACAGAUCUUGGAUCAUCUGAAAAGUGAAAUUCUUACAAGUAAUGAUAUUCUACCAAGCCAUCAAUAUAUUUUCCAGCCAAUAUCAGCCUCUGCAAAACUCUACAUGAAUCCUUAUGCAGAAACAGAGCUCAAAACACCCAAACUUGAUGGGAACAUAGAAGUACAAAAUAUUGCCAUCGAACUGACUAAACCUCAGUACUUAAGUAUGAUUGACCUUUUGGAGUCAGUGGAUUACAUGGUUAGAAAUGCCCCUUACAGGAAAUAUAAACCUUAUGUACCACUUCAUACCAAUGGUCGACAAUGGUGGAAAUAUGCAAUUGAUUCUAUUCUUGAAGUUCAUAUAAGAAGGUGUACACAUAUGUGGUCAUGGAGUAACAUAAAAAAUCACAGGCAAUUGCUCAAGAGUUAUAAAUGUGCCUACAAAACCAAGCUGACCCAGACUAAAGUCCCAGAAGAAAUACAGAAACAAAUUCAGGAUUUGGAGAAGACUCUAGAUGUUUUUAACAUAAUUUUAGCAAGGCAACAAGCACAAGUUGAGGUGAUUCGGUCCGGGCAGAAAUUAAAGAACAAGUCUACUGAUGCAGGCGAGAAACGUGGAGGCUGGUUUAGUGGGUUUUGGGGUAAGAAGGAAAGUAAGAAAAAAGAUGAAGAAUCUUUGAUUCCUGAAACUAUUGAUGACCUUAUGACUCCUGAGGAAAAAGAUAAGUUCUUCACAGCUAUUGGUUAUAGUGAGAGCACCCACAACUUAACUUUACCCAAACAGUAUGUUGCUCAUAUAAUGACACUGAAAUUAGUAAGCACGUCUAUUAUAAUAAGAGAAAACAAAAAUAUUCCAGAAAUACUAAAAAUUCAGAUAAUUGGUCUGGGCACCAAAGUAUCUCAGCGACCAGGAGCACAAGCACUUAAGGUGGAAGCAAAAUUAGAACACUGGUAUAUAACAGGUCUGAAACAGCAGGAUACUGUUCCAUCACUUGUGGCUUCAAUUGGUGAUACUGCAUCAUCUUUGCUUAAAAUUGAAUUUGAAACCAAUCCAGAGAAUAGUACUGCUGACCAGACUCUCGUUCUUCAGUCUCAGCCUGUGGAGGUCAUCUAUGAUGCUAAAACCAUUAAUGCAGUGGUUGAAUUCUUUCAAUCAAAUAAGGGAUUAGAUCUUGAGCAAAUAACAUCAGCUACAUUGAUGAAGCUGGAAGAAAUUAAAGAGAGAACAGCCACAGGACUUACACAUAUUAUUGAAACUCGAAAAGUCCUUGAUUUAAAGAUAAAUCUGAAGCCUUCUUAUCUCAUAGUUCCACACACAGGCUUCUACCACAAAAAGUCAGAUCUUCUCAUUUUAGAUUUUGGUACAUUUCAGCUUAACAGUAAAGAUCAAGGUUUGCAGAAGAAUGGUAAUUCAUCUCUGGAGGAAAUAAUGGAUAAGGCAUAUGACAAGUUUGAUGUUGAAAUAAAAAGUGUACAACUACUCUUUGCAAGAGCAGAGGAAAACUGGAAAAAGUGUCGAUUUCAGCAUCCAUCAACUAUGCAUGUUUUGCAACCCAUGGAUAUUCAUGUUGAGUUGGCCAAGGCAAUGGUGGAAAAAGACAUUAGAAUGGCCAGAUUUAAAGUAUCAGGAGGGCUUCCUUUGAUGCAUGUGAGAAUUUCUGACCAGAAGAUGAAAAAUGUGCUAUGUUUGAUUAACAGUAUACCCUUGCCACAGAAAUCAUCUGUACAGUCUCCUGAGAGACAGGUAUCCUCAAUUCCUGUUAUUUCAGAUAGGACAAAAGACCUACUUGGUACAUCACUGUUGCUAGAUGGAGUGGAAUCAGAGUCCGAUGAUGAGUAUUUUGAUGCUGAAGAUGGAGACAUACAGACUGGUAAAAGUAUGAAAGGAUCAGAACGAAAAAAAGUUGCAGAGGCUCCAAAUGAGGAGCUCAUUAAUCUUCUACUAAAGUUUGAAAUUAAAGAGGUGAUUUUGGAAUUUACCAAACAACAGAAAGAAGAAGAUACAAUUCUAGUAUUUAAUGUUACUCAGUUAGGAACAGAGGCUACAGUGAGAACAUUUGAUUUAACUGCAGUAUCUUACCUAAAGAAAAUCAGCUUGGAUUACCAUGAAAUUCAAGGAUCCAAAAAAAAGCCACUUCACUUGAUUAGCUCUUCUGACAAACCUGGAUUAGAUCUUUUAAAAGUGGAGUAUAUUAAGGCUGAUAAGAAUGGACCUAGUUUUCAAACUACUUUUGAAAAAACUGAACAAACAGUUAAGGUGGCUUUUUCAUCUUUAAACCUGUUGCUGCAAACACAAGCUCUUCUCUCUUCUAUUAAUUACCUGACGACCGUUAUUCCAUCAGAUGGCCAAAAGAUGGGAGAUGCCAAGGAAGUACAAAUUUCAACUGAAAAGCAACAAAAAAAUUCAUCUCUGCAGAAAGUGAUUGUAUCCUCUAAGGAUAGUGACAUUAUUGACUUCAGGCUGUUUGCCAAGUUGAAUGCUUUCUGUAUCAAUGUUUGUGAAGAGAAGAACAAUAUUGCUGAAAUCAAGAUUCAAGGACUCGAUUCCUCUCUUCUUCUUCAGUCAAGAAAACAGUCUCUAUUUGCAAGACUGGAAAAUAUUAUUGUCACAGAUGUUGAACCCAAGACAGUUCAUAAAAAAGUGGUGUCAAUAAUGGGAAAUGAAGUUUUUCGUUUUAAUUUGGAUUUGUAUCCAGAUGCUACUGAGGGAGAUUUCUAUACUGACAUGUCCAAAGUGGAUGGUGUGGUAUCACUGAAUGUUGGCUGCAUUCAGAUUGUCUAUCUUCAUAAAUUCCUCAUGUCAUUCCUGAACUUCCUGAACAAUUUCCAGACAGCCAAAGAGGCUCUGAGUGCUGCCACUGCCCAGGCUGCAGAAAAGGCUGCCACAAGUGUGAAAGAUCUUGCCCAGAGGAGUUUUCGUGUUUCUAUCAAUAUUGAUUUGAAAGCACCAGUUAUUGUCAUCCCACAAUCUUCCAUUUCCACCAAUGCAGUAGUGGUAGAUCUUGGGUUAAUGAGAGUUCAAAAUCAGUUUAGUCUGGUGUCUGGUGAAGACUUCUUAAACCCUCCAGUAAUUGAUAGAAUGGAUGUACAGCUAACAAAGCUUAAGCUUUCUAGGACCGUGAUCCAGCCUGGCAUUUCCCAUCCUGAUAUUCAGCUGCUGCACCCAAUUAACUUGGAGUUUUCUGUAAAUAGGAAUCUGGCUGCAUCUUGGUACCACAAGGUGCCUGUUAUGGAAAUUAAAGGGCAUCUUGAGUCAAUGAAUGUUAAUCUAAAUCAAGAAGACCUUAAUCUUUUAUUUAGAAUACUGGCAGAAAAUCUUGGUGAGGCUACUGAAGACUUGAAUAAAGUGAAACCAAGAACACAAGAGACAGGUGAAAUUAAAGGGCCACUUGAAAUCUCUGUAUCACAAGACGUAGGUAUUUCACAAGAUACUUUAACAGCUGGAGUAGAAGAAAUUAGAUCUGUAGACAUCAUUAAUGUGCUGUUGAAUUUUGAAAUCAAAGAGGUUGUGGUUACUUUGAUGAAAAAAGCAGAAAAGAAAGGAAGGCCUUUACAUGAACUAAAUGUCCUCCAGCUUGGAGUGGAAGCUAGAGUUAAAACCUAUGACCUAACUGCUAAAGCUUAUCUAAAAAAAAUUAGUAUGCGAUGCUUUGAGUUUACUGACUCCAAAGGAGAACCUCUUCAUAUUAUUAACUCUUCUAAUGUAACUGAUGAACCCCUUCUGAAAAUGUUAUUGACAAAGGCAGACAGUGAUGGACCAGAAUUUAAAACCAUUCAUGACAAUACCAAACAGAGACUGAAGGUUUCAUUUUCAUCCUUAGACUUAGUACUUCAUUUGGAAGCUUUAUUAUCCCUCAUGGGUUUUUUAUCAUCUGCUGUUCCAUCCUCUGAACCUUCUGAAAAGGAAUCUGAACUGAAGCCACUUGUGGGGGAGUCCAGAAGUCUCAUUGUCAAAGCUGUGUCCAGUAAUACUUCUCAAGAUGAUGUGUUUGACUUAAAGAUCAUGGCUGAAUUAAAUUCAUUUAAUGUCUUGGUCUGUGAUCAGAAGUGUAGCAUUGCAGAUAUUAGAAUACAUGGAAUGGAUGCCUCCAUUUCUGUGAAGCCAAAGCAAACUGACAUGUUUGCCAGACUUCAGGAUAUCAUUGUUACCAAUGUAGAUUUGAUGUCCAUUCACAAAAAGGCUGUCUCUAUUUUGGGAGAUGAAGUCUUUAGGUUCCAAAUGACCCUUUAUCCAGAUGCCACAGAAGGAAAGGCCUAUGCCGAUAUGUCUAAAGUAGAUGGCAAACUUAGUCUCAAAGUGGGCUGUAUUCAAAUUGUUUAUGUUCAUAAAUUCUUCAUGUCUCUUCUGAACUUUCUCAACAAUUUCCAAACUGCCAAAGAAGCUUUGAGCGCAGCCACGGUACAGGCUGCAGAAAGAGCUGCUUCCAGCAUGAAAGACUUGGCUCAGAAGAGUUUCCGCCUUUUGAUGGAUAUCAAUUUGAAAGCACCAGUUAUUAUCAUUCCUCAGUCUUCAGUAUCACCUAAUGCUGUGAUAGCUGACCUGGGUUUAAUCAGAGUGGAAAACAAAUUUAGCUUGGUUCCUAUGGAACAUUCUUCUCUUCCCCCAGUCAUUGACAAAAUGAACAUCCAACUCACUCAGUUGAAACUCUCCAGAACUAUCUUGCAGGCUGGCUUGCCACAAUAUGACAUUGAAAUUUUAAAACCAGUCAACAUGCUUUUGUCUAUACAGCGAAAUUUGGCAGCAACAUGGUAUGUGCAAAUUCCAGGGAUGGAGAUAAAAGGAAAACUGAAACCUAUGCAGGUUGCUCUCAGUGAAGAUGAUUUAACAGUUUUAAUGAAAAUUUUGCUGGAAAAUCUUGGGGAAGCUUCUUCACAGCCAAGCCCUACACAGUCUACCCAGGAGGCUGUAAGAGUAAGAAAAGAUGUUUUGAGUGGACCUGACCACCUCAAAGAACAAGAUUUGGCAGACACACAGCUUUCUGUGGAUCAGAGUGUCACUCUGCAAUUUGACUUUCACUUUGAAUCUCUUUCCAUUGUUCUUUAUAACAAUGAUAUCAACCAGGAAUCCAAACUUUCAUUUCAUAAUGACAGUUUCCGGCUUGGUGAACUCAGACUACAUUUUAUGGCCUCCUCAGGGAAGAUGUUUAAGGAUAGUUCCAUGAAUGUGGGCAUUAAACUUAAGACAUGUACCCUUGAUGAUCUCAGAGAAGGCAUUGAGAGAGCAACAUCAAGAAUGAUUGAUAGGAAGAACGACCAAGAUAACAACAGUUCUAUGAUUGAUAUAAGUUACAAACAAGGCAAAGAUGGAAGAAGUCAUCUUGAUGCUGUUCUUGACAAGCUGUAUGUAUGUGCCAGUGUGGAAUUUCUGAUGACUGUGGCAGAUUUCUUUAUCAAAGCUAUGCCUCAGAGUCCAGAAAAUAUGGCAAAAGAAGUACAGAUUCCACUGCGACAGACUUCUACAGCAAAACUCAAGAUAGAAAAAGAUGACUCUGUGAGACCAAAUAUGACUUUAAAGGCCAGGGUCACAGAUCCAGAAGUGGUAUUUGUUGCCAACCUGACAAAGGCAGAUGCUCCUGCUCUGACAGCCUCAUUCCAGUGUGACCUCUCUCUGUCAACAUCCAAACUCGAACAGAUGAUGGAGGCUUCUGUGAGAGACCUUAAAGUGCUCGCUUGCCCUUUUCUCAGAGAAAAGAGAGGAAAAAACAUUACCACAGUCUUACAGCCCUGUUCUCUAUUUAUGGAAAAAUGUGCAUGGGUUUCAGGAAAACAAAAUAUAAAUAUUGUAGUUGGAGAAUUUAUAAUUAAGAUUUCACCCAUAAUUCUUAAUACUGUGAUGACAAUCAUGGCCGCUUUGUCUCCAAAGACAAAAGAAGAUGAAUUCAAAGAUACAUCUAAGGAAACAGGAAAUCUUUGGGGUGUCAAAUCUAUUAGUGAUUAUAACUCUUGGUUUCUUGGUGUUGACAUGGCAACAGAAAUAACAGAAAAUUUCAAAGGUGUUGAACAGCCAUUGAUAGAGGAAAAUUGUGCUGUUGCUGUAGAGUCAGUUCAAGUUACCUUAGAAUGUGGACUUGGUCAUCAAACUGUACCUUUAUUAUUGGCAGAGUCAAAAUUUUCAGGAAAUAUAAAAAAUUGGACUUCCUUCAUGGCUGCUUCUGCUGACAUGACACUAGAGAUUCACUAUUACAAUGAAACCCAUGCUGUCUGGGAGCCACUGAUUGAGAGAGUGGAGGGAAAGAGACAAUGGAAUUUAAGGCUUGAUGUAAAGAAGAAUCCAGUCCAGGAUAAAAGUUUGAUGCCCGGAGAUGAUUUUAUUUUUCUUCCUGAGCCACAAACAGCAGUUCAUAUUUCUUCAGGAGAUACAAUGAAUAUAACAAUAUCCAAAAGUUGUCUCAAUGUUUUCAAUAAUUUAGCAAAGGGUUUUUCAGAAGGCACUGCUUCUACUUUUGACUACUCUUUAAAAGACAAGCCUCCUUUUACAAUAAAAAAUGCUUUAGGUGUUCCCACUAAGGUGCAGCCCAAUCAUAAUCUCAGAGUAAUGGGCUCCCCUGAGAAAAGUGAUAUUUAUGAUGUUCAUGCUGGUCAGAAUUUGGAAUUGGAAUAUGCCAGCAGGGAACCUUCAUGUAAAGGGAAACUAUCUAUAUUGAGCCGCCAAGAAAGCUCCUUCUUCACCCUGACCUUUGUACCUCAUGGAUAUACAGAAGUUGCAAAAGUCCCUGUUGUCAGACCUGGUCGGCAGUUGUACAAUGUACGGAAUCCCAAUGCCAGUCAUUCUGAUUCAGUCUUGGUACAAAUUGAUGCAACUGAAGGGAAUAAAGUGAUCACCCUUCGCUCUCCUCUUCAGAUUAAAAACCAUUUCUCUAUUGCAUUCAUCAUCUAUAAAUCUGUUAAAAAUGUUAAGUUAUUGGAGCGCAUUGGAGUAGCAAGACCUGAAGAGGAGUUCCAUGUUCCUUUAGAUUCAUAUAGAUGUCAGUUAUUUAUUCAACCAGCUGGUGUCUUAGAGAAUCAAUACAGAGAAUCCACCACUUACAUUUCCUGGAAGGAAGAACUUCACAGGAGCAGGGAAGUGAGAUGCAUGCUGCAGUGUCCAUCAGUAGAAGUCAACUUCUUACCUCUCAUAGUCAAUACAGUUGCUCUGCCUGAUGAAUUAAGCUAUAUAUGUACACAUGGGGAAGACUGGGAUCCAGCUUACAUUAUUCAUCUUUACCCUACCCUCACUUUGCGGAAUCUUCUCCCAUAUUCCCUAAAAUAUUUACUUGAGGGAACAGCAGAAACUCAUGAGCUAGCAGAAGGCAGUGCUGCUGAUGUUCUACAUUCAAGAAUAAGUGGAGAAAUAAUGGAAUUAGUUCUGGUGAAAUAUCAGGGCAAAAACUGGAGUGGACAUUUCCGUAUACGUGAUACACUUCCGGAAUUCUUUCUUGUGUGUUUUUCUUCUGACUCCACAGAAGUGAUGACAGUCGACCUGUCAAUACAUGUCAGAAGAAUUGGCAUUCGGAUGGUGCUAUCUGUCUUUAGUCCCUACUGGCUAAUCAACAAGACUUCUCGGGUUCUCCAGUAUCGUUCAGAAGAUAUUCAUGUGAAACAUCCAGCUGAUUUUAGGGAUAUUAUUUUAUUCUCUUUCAAGAAGAAGAACAUUUUUAGUAAAAAUAAGGUACAAUUAAAAAUUUCAACUAGUGCCUGGUCCAAUGGCUUUUCAUUAGAUACAGUGGGAAGUUAUGGAUGUGUGAAGUGUCCUGCCAACAAUAUGGAAUACCUGGUUGGUGUUAGCAUCAAAAUGAGUAGUUUUAAUCUUACACGAAUAGUUACUCUGACUCCCUUUUGUACCAUUGCAAAUAAGUCCUCUUUAGAACUAGAAGUUGGUGAAAUUGCACCUGAUGGUUCCAUGCCAACUAAUAAGUGGAACUAUAUUGCUUCUUCAGAGUGUCUUCCAUUUUGGCCUGAAAAUUUGUCAGGCAAACUUUGUGUGAGAGUAGUAGGCUGUGAAGGAUCCUCCAAACCAUUCUUUUAUAACCGACAGGAUAAUGGCACUCUAUUGAGCUUAGAAGAUCUGAAUGGGGGUAUCUUGGUGGAUGUAAACACUGCUGAACAUUCAACGGUCAUAACCUUCUCUGAUUACCAUGAAGGAUCUGCACCUGCUCUGAUAAUAAACCAUACACCCUGGGACACCCUCACAUAUAAACAGAGUGGGUUACAAGAAGAAGUGAAAUUGCUGCCAAGACAAGCUCGACUUUUUGCCUGGGCAGACCCUACUGGUACCAGAAAACUUACAUGGAGAUAUGCAGCAAAUAUUGGGCAGCAUGAUCUAUUAAAGGAUGAAUGUGGACAGUUUCCAUAUGAUGCAAACAUCCAGAUACACUGGGUGUCGUUCCUGGAUGGGCGCCAGAGAGUUUUGCUUUUCACUGAUGAUGUUGCCUUGGUUUCCAAAGCACUGCAGGCAGAAGAAAUGGAGCAGGCUGAUCAUGAAAUAACCUUUUCUCUUCAUAGUCUUGGGCUUUCCCUGGUUAACAAUGAAAAGAAGCAAGAAGUUUCAUAUAUUGGGAUAACCAGUUCUGGUGUUGUUUGGGAGAUGAAACCAAAACAGAAAUGGAAGCCUUUUAGUCAAAAGCACAUAAUGUUACUGGAACAAUCCUAUAAGAAGUAUCAAGCAGCAAAACAACAUGGCUGGAUCAAACUAGACAAUAAUUUUGAGGUCAAUUUUGAUAAAACUCCAAUGGAAAUGCGCCUCCCUGUUCCGUGCCCUAUAAAGCGAGAUUUUUUAUCAGGAAUUCAAAUUGAAUUUAAGCAGUCUCCCCACCAGAGAAGUUUGAGGGCCAGAUUGUAUUGGCUUCAGGUUGAUAAUCAGUUACCAGGGACAAUGUUCCCUGUUGUGUUUCAUCCUGUGGCCCCUCCAAAAUCUAUUGCUUUGGAUUCAGAACCCAAACCUUUCAUUGAUGUGAGUGUCAUCACAAGAUUUAAUGAGUACAGUAAAGUCUUACAGUUUAAGUAUUUUAUGGUCCUCAUUCAGGAAAUGGCCUUAAAAGUUGAUCAGGGGUUUCUGGGAGCUAUAAUUGCGUUGUUUACCCCAGCAACUGAUCCUGAAGCCGAAAGAAAGCGGACAAAGUUAAUCCAGCAAGAUAUUGAUGCCCUAAACACAGAAUUAAUGGAGACUUCAAUGACCGAUAUGUCAGUUCUUAGUUUCUUUGAACAUUUCCAUAUUUCUCCUGUUAAGUUACAUUUGAGUCUGUCUUUGGGUUCUGGAGGUGAAGAAUCAGACAAAGAAAAACAAGAAAUGAUUGCAAUUCAUUCCAUCAAUUUGCUGUUGAAAAGCAUAGGUGCUACUUUGACUGAUGUGGAUGAUCUUAUAUUUAAACUUGCUUAUUAUGAAAUUCGAUAUCAGUUUUAUAAAAGAGAUCAGCUCAUGUGGAGUGUUGUUAGACAUUACAGUGAACAGUUCUUGAAACAGAUGUAUGUCCUUGUAUUAGGCUUGGAUGUGCUUGGAAACCCAUUUGGAUUACUUAGAGGUCUGUCUGAAGGAGUUGAAGCUUUGUUCUAUGAACCCUUCCAGGGUGCUGUACAAGGCCCUGAAGAAUUUGCUGAGGGGUUAGUGAUUGGGGUAAGAAGUCUCUUUGGACACACAGUAGGUGGUGCAGCAGGAGUUGUAUCUCGAAUCACCGGUUCUGUUGGAAAAGGUUUGGCAGCAAUUACAUUGGACAAGGAAUAUCAGCAAAAAAGAAGAGAAGAGAUGGGUCGACAACCUAAAGAUUUUGGAGACAGCUUGGCCAGAGGAGGAAAGGGCUUCCUGCGUGGAGUUGUUGGUGGAGUGACUGGAAUAAUAACAAAACCUAUGGAAGGUGCCAAAAAGGAAGGAGCUGCUGGAUUCUUUAAAGGAAUUGGAAAAGGGCUUGUGGGUGCUGUGGCUGGUCCCACUGGAGGAAUCAUAGAUAUGGCCAGCAGUACCUUCCAAGGAAUUCAGAGGGCAGCAGAAUCAACUGAGGAAGUGUCCAGACUCCGUCCCCCUCGCCUGAUCCAUGAAGACGGCAUCAUUCGCCCCUACGACAGACAGGAAUCCGAGGGCUAUGAUUUAUAUGAGAAUCAUGUCAAAAAGUUAGAAGGAGAGACGUAUCGAUAUCAUUGCGCUAUUUCUGGAAGCAAGAGGACUGUCCUUAUGAUUACAAAUAGGCGAGUGGUGUGUAUAAAGGAGGUUGAAAUUCUUGGCCUUAUGUGCAUAGACUGGCAGUGUCUAUUUGAAGAUUUUGUAUUUCCUCCUAGUGUCAACGGAAACCUGCUAACCAUUUCAGUUAAGGAUCAGAGUAUGUUCCACAAAAAAGAUAGUGCCAAUCAAUCCUGCCUCCGGAAAAUUUACCUGCUGGAUACCACCACAGCAGAGAGAGCAUGUCAUGCCAUUGAGGAUGCACAGUCCAUGAGACACCAGCAAAACUUGAGGAAACAGUCAUCACUGAAACUUCUCAGGCCCUAAGUACCUUGUAAUCACAGAUCCUAGGGCUGCUCCUGGGAGAAAAUCAGUCAUGUCUGUGAAGCACCCUUCUUUAUCUUACCAAAGAGAACAUUUUAAGCAAUCCUUUAGUUGUAGAUUUUUUUUUUCUAGAAUAGCCGGAUACUUGGUUUUCCAUGUUUUUUUCCUUUGAUUUUGACUCUAAUUUUGUAGCCAUGUGUAUGUUAAUAAUCCACUCUACAGUGCCACGAAAUGGGUCAGACCCUUAAAGAAAUAUCACUUCUGAGUGAAAUUUCCAUUAAUGUUAAUAUUGUGAAUCAAAUGAUAAUAGACUUGUUUGUAAAUAAAGCCUUUACUUGAGAAUAAGAAAGGAGCUCAGAUUCAAAUUGUUAUUUGAGAGGUUUUGGACAAACCUUUGGACAAAUAUUGGAUACUUUGUUCAGUAACUGAACUAACAUUUUUGGUAAAUGCGGCAGUUGACUGAAGAGAAGCCACUAAAGGGAGACAUGAUGUUUCCUUUUUUUUUUUCCUCAUGAAAAACAUUGUUCUCCUAAUAAAAAUGUCUUGGUUUGGUGCUUAUUUUCCCUCCUUGCAUUAUAAUAUAAAGACAUGAAAAAUCAAAACUUAAAAUAUCAAUGCUCUGCUCUCUAUAAUGUACCAUUUACAAAAUUUUGGAAAUUAUUUACAUGUCCUUUCAAGAUGAAUUUAUAUGGCACAACUAUAAUUUGCUGAUACAUGAAACUAUUGCACUUUAAGUUUUAAAGAUUUAGAAGUAUGAAAAGUUUCAUAGUUUUAUAUCUCCAGAAAUUGUUUUUCAUAAGUUGAAAGAUUUUUAAGGGCAUUAUAAAUGAAUAGUUAUAAUGCAUGCCUAGAAAUUUAUUUUAAAUACUUAAAAGGAAGAAUGAGAAACCCCUAGUUGCUUUAUGUAUAAGCAAAAUAAGGCGCAUAUAACAACCCUGGAAAAUAAGUGGUAGAUGUGUGUUUUGAGGGAGCAGGCCUAUGAGGAUCGAUUCAGUAUACAGUAUUUUUUGUUCUUUCUGCAUCUUGCUUAUGCUGAUUAAAGACAUACUGCCUACUAAAGCUUUUUAAAUUCUCAAAAGUACUUAAUGUCCUUGGAUGAAUCUUUAAAUUUGCUCAUGGUUUUUAACAUGGCAUUUAUUUCAAAUCACUGAAUUGAUGAUGAAAUGAAGAUAUGAACACACUUAGUUUGUUCUGUUUUUGUUGGCAUAUGGUAAUGUUUUUACUAUCUUUAUUCAUGCUUUUUUAAAAACUGGCCUUAAAACGCUGAAAAAUUUUUUCUAGUUAUUAUUUACUGCAGAUUCCAAAAAAGAGGAGGUAAUAACUGAUUCCCUAAAUAUUUGACCUUUGAUACAGUAUGGUGAUCUCUGCUGUCUUUUCAACAUCUUUCUUUUUUUCUGUGAAGAAAAGUAUCAUUUAUAAAACUUCUAGGAUUAAACAGAAUUCAUCAGUAGUUAAUUGCAGUUUAAGAAAAGGAGCGUUACAAACAGAAUUUCAUAGCAGGUGUGCUGUAUUUUGUGUUUUACAACGGACUUAAUCAGGAAUCUGAUAUAUCUAUUUUUCAUAUGAAUCAUAGUUAUUGACAAUGCCCUAAAUAUUUAAGAAAUCUUAUUGUACUAAUGGCAUGUACAAAACAUUGAACUAAGGAAAUAUUAUGAAUUCCUCAUCUCAAGUUGGCUUAAAAAUAAAUUUUCAAAUAUUGGUAACAUUUUAAUUUGGUUAAUCCCAUGGGACAGAAAUAAUUUAUUAGUAAGGUAUAAUAAUGUCUUUUGUGUUUUUAAAAUGCUUUGAGAGUUUAUUAUUUGCAUAUGAACUACUGAGAGAAAUAAAACAUUUGGCACAUUGUU